CGCGGCCGGGGGAAGGCGGCUCCCGCCGGGCCCAGCGCGGCGGCGGAUGGCGGGGGGGCCGCGCCCGGCGGGGGCCGGCGGGGGCGCCCGCUGAGCGGCAGCGGCGGCGGCGGCGAUGCCGAGGGGCCCGGCGCGGCGGGGCGCGCCCGCGGGGCCAUGAGGGCGGGCUCCGGCCAUGGCCCAUGGCAGCGCGGCGGUCAUGCUGAAGUGCGUGGUGGUGGGGGACGGCGCCGUGGGCAAGACGUGCCUGCUGAUGAGCUACGCCAACGACGCCUUCCCCGAGGAGUACGUGCCCACCGUGUUCGACCACUACGCAGUCAGCGUCACCGUCGGGGGCAAGCAGUACCUGCUGGGGCUGUACGACACCGCCGGCCAGGAAGACUAUGAUCGUCUGAGACCUUUAUCUUACCCUAUGACCGAUGUCUUCCUUAUCUGCUUCUCAGUGGUAAACCCUGCUUCAUUUCAAAAUGUGAAGGAAGAGUGGGUACCGGAGUUGAAGGAAUAUGCACCUAAUGUUCCCUUUUUACUAGUAGGAACACAGAUUGAUCUUCGUGAUGACCCAAAAACUCUGGCAAGACUGAAUGAUAUGAAAGAGAAGCCCAUAUCUGUGGAGCAAGGACAGAAGUUAGCGAAAGAGAUAGGAGCCUACUGCUAUGUGGAGUGUUCAGCUUUAACACAGAAAGGACUGAAGACCGUUUUUGAUGAAGCUAUUAUAGCCAUUCUAACUCCAAAGAAACACACAGUGAAGAAGAGAAUAGGCUCAAGAUGUAUAAACUGCUGUUUGAUCACGUGAGAAACAUUUGACAAUGGCCAGGCUUACUGUGAAAUUCUACUGAUUUUAAAUACAAUGCAUUAAGUACACAGCGAACAGGUUACAGGUUUGAAAGCUGAACCUACAACUCUGCCUUCUACAACCAGUGAAAUUCAAAGGAAUAAAAUCAAAGUCAACAAACUUGUAAUAAGAAGCCACCACACCUGUUACAAAUAUUUUAUUCAGACUGGAAGGUACAAUCUCUCAGGGUUACAAAGUCUAGAGGAAGCAAAAACUGCACCAUGCUGAAAUGGCAUCUAUGUGAUUUUAAUGAGUGGAGAUGCUUGGCCUGAAAUACUCUUAUCUGAAUUUGGACAGUCUUCUGCUUUGACUAUAUAUAUAUAUAUAUAUCUAUCUUAAAAAAACAACUUUUGCACAGUCUGUAUGGAAUCUGCACAAAGAAAUACCUUGUCUCUCUUUGCUCCAGUUAUCUGCUUUUGUAUGUAAGCUGCUUCCGGUUCCAGUGUAUCCACAGAGGUGCAAUAAUCAGACCAGCCAUAUAGCCAAAGGUAGCUCCGAGGGAACAGGAAAUGGGCCAUACCUGAGGGGAGAACACAAGGUAAAAGCAGACAAUGGUGAAAACGUCUGUGGUUUUUUUGUACUUCAUGAGCACAAAAUCUAGGUACUGAAAGACGGUAGUCUUAUUCUACUUUAAAGCUUGAUGUGCUUUCCUAAAAAUGCCAAAAGCUUAACAAUCAUCUUCAUGAACACUAAAUGCUGUUGUACAGUUUUUAAUUAAGAUGCAUUAAAACGUAAGAAGGCUUCUGGCUCUUGCAGACUUAGUUUGAUAGUCCCAAAAUUCUGUGGGAAAGGAAAACUUUAGAAGUAUUUAUAUCCCCUGAAGUGUUCAACUAACUAACUUCCUGUUCUGCUGCACACAUUUGGAAACCUACAUCUUUCACGGUGAUUUGAAACUUUUAGAGGUGCAUAUAAAUGAACUAGUAUUCAGACAAGGGCAGAGACUGAGAUGGAUAGAGGUUUGUUGCCUCUUUUUUUCCUUGAUGAAUUUCCCUCUGGCUCUCAAUUUGGAAACUGAGCAUCCUGCAUUCAGUUCAGCAAAUAUGUAGUAAACUGGUUAUGUUAAAAAGAGCUUUAAUUAUAAGUCCUAUUUUCUAGUAUAAGAACAUGGAGCUGAUUCAAUAAAGCUGACUUACUUUCACAAACCAUCUUGUACUGAGGCAGAGUAGUAAUGGAAUUCUGCCCUGCCCUUUUUUUAUUGGUAUUGAUUUGCAGGGAGGAGCGGCCAAACCAAGACUUAACCAGUCUACCCUCAGAUCUAGCUUAUAUUACUAGUCCACGUCAUACUGCAUCUGAUGAAAGUCUCAACUAAGUAGGUGAUUAAAAAUAUUUAUUGUAGAAUAAACAAACUCCCGUCCCUCUUCAAAAUUCUCCUUUGCAUACUUCUUUUUUUUGGUAAGGACAGUUUUGAAAUUCCUGCUGUACAGUGCAUAUUCCUGAAGCAAGAACAGACUGGACUCUCACAUUCUUUUAUUUUUUUAAAUUAAGGGGGAUAUUUCCCCCUUCUGUAGUACUUGAGACUGAGAAAUGCACUAGACAUUAGAUAAAAUAUCCCAAUCUCCGAGUCCAGCCUUCUUUUCUACUUCACUUUGACUUGCAAUUCAUGAAUAUCAAAUGAAGUUACUCUUAAGGCUAUUGGUUCCUCCUUUCAUUCAUUUUCCUAGCUCUGAUUCUUCUCUUUACUUCAAUAUCGUGUAAAAGAAUAUAUUUAUUGAUAACUUUUGAUCAUAGGAAUUUUAACUGUGAAAAAGAGUAAUGUAUUUUGUCCUCUGCUCUUUGAUCUUCAGUAUCCUCAGCUGUUUCAUCUUCACAUUCCUUAGCAUUUACAGUUUUAUAUGUUAUUUGGAGGUCUUAAGGAGUGUAGCAAAGAUGACUAUUAAACAAGGUGCCUUAGGUACUCUUUAUUGACCUUGUUUCAUUCUUCCUUUUUCAGACAUUCUGUCUCUGCUACUUGUUUUUGUUGCUGAGUAUUACGGCUGUUGCCUCUCAAACCAAAGAUUUGUUUGUUUUCAUUCAUUUAACAGUGGUAUUGUUUAUUGUAGAUCAUCUAUAAAAAGCCUUGAGAUGCUGUGGCAUGGUAAGAUACUAUUUGAAACUCACAUAAGUUUGUGGCCUUGGUUAAACUUACACUUCAGGUGGAUCUUUUCAACUUCUAAAUGAAAUGUAAUUAUUUCUAGCAUUUUGCAUAUUACACACAUCUAAAGGACGAAGCAAAGUCCCUGCAACCCCAGCUGCUCACUCAGUAACAUUCAGCUGGAACACGAGUCAUACUUACUUAUCCACUGAUGAAGUCAAAUACCACUCUGCUAUCUACAGAACUAUGGAUAGAGGCUUCUUAACUUGGUGGUCUUUUUAAAUCAAAUUCUCUAAGUGAUCAAUGAUCCUUCAUUAAAUUUUUACCUACAUUAGGUGAAUUUGUAGUUGCCUGUUUGCUUUUCAGAAGUAUAGGUAGAUAGUGGACUCUGAAUUGAUCAUGUUCCCUUAAGUAAAAAAUCACAUAUAUCCCUGAUGACUCGUCGACCCUGUAUAUUUUGGUAUUUUGUGUAUAGUGGGUGAUUAUUGGUACGAUUAAAAGAAUCUCUGAUGGUUGUUGUA